AUGGAACAAGAGUUGAGAAACUUAAUCAAGAUUUGGAUAUCUGCCUUCAUCUCCAUAUCUUACUGUUACUACAUCUCAUCUAGAAUCUCCAAAGGUUUUCUUCGUCUCAUCUCUCUAUUUCCCAUCUUCAUCAUCUUUCUUCUUUUUCCUCUAUUCCUCUCUUCUGUUCACUCAUGUGUCAUCUCAGCUUUCUUCCUCUCAUGGCUCGCAAACUUCAAGCUCCUUCUCUUCGCUUUUGAUCAAGGACCCUUAAGCCCACUUCCUUCAAAUCUCUCCCGUUUCUUCUGCUUUGCUUGUUUCCCUAUCAAAACAAAUCAAAAACCUUCUUCAAAUCAAAUCUACAACAAACCUAAUAAGUCCAAAUGGGUUCUUGCUUCCAAAAUUAUGAUAUUUUCCUUUAUAUUAAAUCUCUACAGUAACAAUUAUCAUAACACUUUACCUCGGCUGGCUUUCUUGGCUAUUUUUACCAUCCAUGUCUAUCUUGAGACAGAACUUAUCUUAGUCUCCGUCGGUGUCGUGCUCUCUACGCUUCUUGGUUGUGAAAUUGAACCGGUCUUCAACGAGCCUUACUUAUCUACUUCUUUACAAGACUUCUGGAGUCGUAGGUGGAACCGCAUGGUCCCUUCCAUUCUCCGGCAAACCGUUCACAUCCCGGUUCAGCUACUGACCUCUCGGUUAAUCGGUCUAGACUGGGCUUUUUAUGCUGGGGUGUUGGCGACGUUUCUCGUCUCUGGGUUAAUGCAUGAGCUGAUUUACUUUUAUUUUCUCCGUAAAUCACCAACUUGGGAAGUCACUUGUUUCUUUGUGUUGCAUGGAGUUGUAACAUCCGCGGAGAUAGCGGCAAAGAAGAUGUGGUGGCUUCUCCCGCCGCAUCCGGCGGUCUCGCGUCUUGCGGUUGCGGCGUUUGUGACUACUACGGUCGGUUGGUUAUUUUACCCUCAGGUGCUGAGAAAUGGUGUGGAUAAGAGACUGAUAAGUGAAUGUUUGUUUGUUAUUGACGGUGUCAAAUUUCAAGUUGCUCGCCUUUUAAUGUAA